AUAUUCUGGUAGUAGAAAGGCAUCUUCACACAGUAAGAAGCACAGCGGAAGAAUGGCGGGCCCGCAGACAGCACGAGGUGUCGAAAAACCGGCAAAAUCGGGCAAGAUUCCGAGAAAGGGCGGCAAGAAGAACGGACAGCCGUCCUCUGCGACAGGAUCGGGAGCAGGAACGGCGAAAUCAGAGUCGAACCGGUCCGGCGGCGGUCCGGCGGCGGCAGCAGGGUUUGUGGCGUUGAAGAAAAGCAAGAAGGCAAAAAGCAAGCGGAAGAAGAGCCAGCUGAGCGACGAGAAGAACUCGAAAGCGGACGGAAAGCGGAAGGCUGGUAACGAGUUUGAGAACCUGGACGAGGAGGAGGAGGAGGAGGAGAAGGAGCAGAAAGAGAAAGCAGCAGCAGAGGACGACGACAGGCUGGACUCGGAGGAUGAGCUGGUGGAGAUUUCGUCCGCUUCUGACUCGUCGGGGGAGGAGGACGCAGACACGUCGCACGAGAAGGGCAGCGGGGACCCAGAUCGGUACAUAUCGCUGGUGGACUCCGAUAGUGAGGACGCCGGUGCCGGGGAAGAAAAGGACGAAGGGGAGGAGGACCAGCUGCCGCCCUUGAAGCGACAGAAGGUGAAGGGCUCGAACAUGGACGACGACUACAUAGCGUUCGACUUCUCCUCGGACGAAGGCGAGGCGGCGGCAGCAGCGCCCGGCCAGGCCGACUACAGUGCGUACGACGACAACGAGUACUUGAGCAACGACGAGGGCAGCUACCACUCGAAGAACAUCCACCACAAGGCGGGCGAGGCGAACGACGAGUUUCCGUGGAUCCGUAACAGCGACCACUCGAGAGAACGCGAGAUGUCCGACUGGCUCACGUCCGAGAUCAAGGACUUUGUGCGGUACAUCUCGCCCUCUGCCGAAGAGAUCAACAACAGGAACAAGGUCAUCAACAACUUGAAGGAACACAUCAGGUCCAUCUGGCCCGACGCAGAGCUGCACUGCUUCGGCUCGUUUGCCACGGACUUGUACCUACCCGGGUCGGACAUCGACUGUGUCGUGAUAUCCAAGCGGGGACGGUACGACAACAAGAGCUCGUUAUACCAGCUAACGUCGUACAUCCGAAAUCAUAACUUGGGGGUCGAAGUCGUCCCCAUCGCAAAGGCCAAGGUCCCGAUCAUCAAGUUCGUCGACCCGCAAACAAGGAUACACAUCGACAUCUCGUUCGAGAAAACCAACGGUCUCACAGCAGCAAAGUUGAUUAUCGACUGGCUCGCCCAGACGCCCGGACUGCGGGAGUUGGUGCUGAUAGUCAAGCACUUUUUGGCCGUGCGGAAGUUGAACGAGGUCCACGUCGGAGGCUUGGGUGGCUUCUCCAUCAUCUGUCUGGUCUACUCGUUCCUCAAGCUCCACCCCCGCUUGUCCACGAACAACAUCGACCCGAUGGAAAACUUGGGCUGCCUCUUGAUUGAGUUCUUCGAGCUCUACGGGUACAACUUCGGUUACGACAGCGUCGCCUUGGCGUUCAAUUCCAACAAGGAGCCCAUCUACUUGACCAAGAGAUCGAAUCCAGAUCUUCUUGGAAGGAACCCGUUCUCGUUGGCCAUUCAGGAUCCAUACGAUCCAGCGAACAACAUUUCCCGAGGCUCGUUCAACUUGAAAGACAUCAAGCGUGCCUUUGGGGGUGCCUUUGAACUCCUUGUCAACAAGUGCUACGAACUCAACGCGGCCACGUACAAGCAACGGUUGGGCAAAUCCAUCCUCGGAGGCAUCAUCAAAUACAAGGGCAAGCAGAGAGACUUCCUUGACGCCAGGAAACACGUCAAGAACGUGGCAUUCCAUGCUGCCAGCGGGAAAGUCACCAAGAAAACCCUCACCAGCACCGGCGGACUUCCGCCGUUGCCUUCAGAAAAGGCCGGAAUAGACGUGGACGACUACUUCAUGUCGGACUCGUACUACUCCGAGUCCGAGUCCGACACAGAGAAGCCGGCGCCUAAAAAGUCCAAGAAAGGUGGUGCGGCCGACCAAUACAGCAAAAUUUUCGAGUCCUCCCAGAAGACACAGACAGUGAAGAAGGUCAUAGACAAAAAGCCAGAGGAGCUUCUCGACAUAAAGGACGAUACCGACGAUGCGUAUACCCCCGAGUUGCCUGUCGCCGCCAAGAAAGAGCCGGAUUUUACAGAUUCAGACAGCGACUACGAUCCUUCCUCCACCGUGCCUCGCAACUCGGACGCCUCCGUCUCUGCCUAUCGUGCAGCCAAGGAGGAGCGUAGGGAAUACUGGACUCAGAAGUCGGGCGGCACCUUCUAGUCACCGUCUCUCUCUUCUGUGAUCCGGGAUUGUAUAUUAAGUAGGCAUGAACUAGUAGACUUUAUAGAGCGCAAUAGAAGAAAACUCGUUGCUGCGACAGUUCUGCUGUCGCAGCGGCCGCCAAAAUGCAAGUGUGCAAAGCGUGUUUUUUGACAGUAGA